UUCAGCGGUGAUUAUGAUGUCAAUGGAAAAUCUCUAGCCCAUAUAUAGAUGGGGGAUGUACAUGGCUUAUAUCAGAGCUCACUUCCCAACACAAAUCAUUCAGGAUGCAUUUGGAUAAGUACCUCCUGGUGGUGUCCGCUGUCGUCAUUUGUGUGUCUUCUUUGCGCUUCCUUGACCAAGAAUGGAAUGUCUGGAAAGUCAAAUAUGGAAAGAACUAUCCCACUACAUAUGAUGAGACAUUUCGGAGGAAGGCCUGGGAGGCAACAUGGCAUAAGGUGCAGAACCACAAUCAAAAAUAUGAUCAAGGCCUGGCAAAAUACAGCAUGGAGAUGAAUCAUUUUGCAGAUAUGACAACAGAGGAGCGCAGCACCCGAAGCUGUAUUUCUAAUAAAAAGAAAAGCACCUUGAGGUCAGACAUCCCUUUGAAGGCUUAUUCAGAAAACAUGGAACUUCCAUCAUCGGUUGACUGGCGGGAAUCGGGAUGUGUUGCCCGCAUUAAAGAUCAAGGUUUGUGUGGAUCCUGCUGGGCAUUUGCAACGGUGGGUAUGCUUGAGACCCAAAACUGUCUUAAAUCAAAGGACCUUGUUGAACUAAGUGAGCAGCAGUUGGUGGAUUGUGACAAAUCAAAUGAAGGUUGCUGUGGAGGACUUCCAGCAAAGGCCUUGGAUUAUGUUGUACAUCAUGGUGUCAUGAAGGCUAAAGACUAUGAAUAUAAUGAAAAGCAAUCCGCCUGCAUGUUAAAAAAUGACGAUGCAAUCCAAUUUAAUGUGAGCAAAUUCUAUACUCUGCUUGAAGAAAAAAACAUGGCAUCGUCAUUGGCAUUAGAUGGACCUAUCUCAGUUGGAAUUGAUGCAAGUGAAGAUUUUAUGCUAUACAAAACCGGUAUCUUUACUGGAGACUGUACUGACCAGCCAACUCAUGCAGUCAUUAUAGUAGGAUAUGGCACAGAAUAUGAUGAAAAGACGGAACAGGAAACGGACUACUGGAUAAUAAAAAACAGCUGGGCCGAAGUUUGGGGAGACAAAGGUUAUGCAAAGUUGGAGCGUAAUGUUAACUUGUGUGGCAUCGACACAAUGGCGACUUCGGUGGACUUCAUCUAGUGGUGGAUUAGUGCCCGCCACUGAAGAAUUGUCAGACAACUAUACCCCCGAGUCUUAUAUUGCAACUCUAAGGUCCUUUUACAAAUACUGGCUUACGUGUUUUUUCUGUACUGCCUAUCAUAUCAAUAUGUUUUGUUCAUUAAAGUUUUUUUUUUUUAAAUGCUUGCAAAUUGUAUAUACAAAUAAAUAAAAGAUAUGCAGAUUCAA